UUUGUUUAUUGUUAAAUAAAAAAUUUUAAAUAAUGAAAAUCAAUAUGUUUAGGCCAGCGUCUUAAAUACGCCAUUUAAGAGCCACCCUAAUAUUUAACAUUUGAACAUAAGACAACAGUUAACUGCUUUCUAUUGUCGAACGCUAGUUAUGUUAAAAUUUCCCUCGCUUAAAAAGCCGUUCGAAAGGCUAACGUGAUUAAAAAGAAAAAGAACGGAUUUUACUUGCUUACCGAAUAUCCAUUUGAGUAGACGUCUUGCAGCCACCAAUUUUCAUCGCCUCAUCCAGCUACAUAUAUAUAUAUAUGGGGUGGCCUGAAAUACAAUUUACAUCGGUGCGAACUUGAAGCUGGGCCAUUACCCAUUUGCGGCACAUCCGAAAACUGCGCUCUUAACCAUCUUUGCCCGAUGAACAUGGUCCUCCGUCGCCGUGAGCACAAAUUAUAAGAUUCCCGGAGAUAUCAGCCAGAACAAAACGCUAAUCAGCUAGAUCAAGAUCAGCCGAGAAUCAAUCCACCAGCACUAUUGGAUAGCAUUUCGGCUAAAAUUCCACAAUCCAGCAUAGCAGCUAGCCAAGGAAUUCAUACGUGGUCACCACACAGCAAAAUUGAAUUUUUAUCAGCUACAACAAAACAACAUAAAGCACAUUAAAAAGAAAAUGACCCGCUUCACGUUGAUGCGAAAACAAGCGGAAACUACCCGAGGCUACCCCCUGACUUGUCGACUCUGCGGCUCGAAGCAUCCUCUCCGGCUCUGCCCUGUUUUUCGUGCUAAAGGGCCAGAAGAGCGUCUGCGUGAAGUAUUGAUCCACCGCUACUGCUCCAAUUGCUUAGCAGGAACCCACCGCGCAGCACAUUGCACUAACGAGGGCAGAUGCCGGCAGUGCCAGGAGCAACAUCACACGUUGCUUCAUAUUUCAUCACGUGCCGACAAGCCGCGUUUUAGCCGACGACCACCAAGGAAUACGGUUGCCGAAGACGACGAUAGCGACGCCAUAUCAUUAGAGGCGUCAGAGGCUGGAGCGGAAACUUCAGCUUUCCGCCCAGGCCUGGAAGAGGGGGAAAUCCCUGAACCUGAAGCGGAAACCGAUGCUUUCCGCUCAGCAAACUCCCCUGGAAUGGAAACCUACGCUUUCCAUCCAGAUGGGUCGAGGGGAUUAGGACUCCAGCGUUUUCGCCCAGACUCAGAGCACGAGCGAGACCAUCAAGAGGGACUGGAAACCGGAGCUUUCCAGCCUUCAAAAAACAAGAGAGGUCUCAAAUCCCGACAGCAGCGUUACCGCCCUCGCCGUCGACAAAUCAAAAGCGGGCGAGUGGAAUCUUCUGCAUUCCACCGCCAAGCUCAAAGCGGAUUUCGAUCCGGAAUGGUAACUAUGGGGCGAUCAGCUGUUAUUUCGCUACAAAGCCUGACACCAGUAGCGCCCACCGCCGUCGUGAAAAUAGAAGCAGGAGGCCGACUGCAUCAUAUACGGGCACUCAUAGACCCAUGCGCAGCCACGUCGAUAUUAGCCGAAGAUCUUGCCCAAGAGAUACGCUUGAACGUGACGUCCAUCAAUAAGCAACGCGGGUGCUUUAUUAAAAUGCGUGGAAAAUACGGGCAAACAGCGACGGUAACCACUCACGCUAUUAUUGUGAGAAACUACAAAAAGAUAACCCCGGUCGCGAAUAUCGACGCUUCGAUUGGCGCAGCGUAUACAAAUUUAAGACUGGCUGACCCGCGGUUCCACAUUUCUUCGCCAGUCCGAGUAGUUCUUGGGGCCGACGUUUUCCCCAAGAUUUUCCUGGGCGCUCUUCCCGCAGGUGCCAUGGGCCCACUAUUGGCACAAAAUACAAUCUUCGGGUGGGCGCUCUCCGGUGCUUGCUGAAUGAUUUUUCCCCCAACAAUUACAAUAAAUUUUUUAUAUUCACUUUUUUAUUUUUUCGAAAAUCUGGAUUAAUAACAUGAAUUGAAAUAAAAAUAAACAAGUGCUUGUGAAUUUCAAACCACGUUUUUAUUGUGAC